AUGGGCACCAAUGGAAUACAACGCCCCCCGCCAGGGCCCUUCCCCGACCAGGGGGGCCGGCGAGCUCUCGGCGCCGCGAGCGCAUUUUCCCACUGGCUGCUCGGCUUCUUCGUGGUGCCGCUACUGCGGCAGUCCUUCUACAUCACGGACAAUGGGGCCGGCCGCAGGUGCCUGGUAUACAUCCGCCGGGACAUUUGGGCGGCCGCCUCGCGGGUGGCCUUCCAGAAGCUGAUCCGCUCGGGCAAUUACUCACCCAUCUCCAAGGCCCAGGCCAUGAGCAUUAUCGCCUCCACCAAGGUCGGUUUCUCGCACCUUCGCUUUUUGCCGAAGAAAAUGCCGGGCAGCUCGCAUGGCGGCCUGCGUCCAAUCUUGAACAUGGGCCGGCAAAAAUACUCGCCCUCCUCAGUGAAGUCGGAUGGGGCGAAAAGCGUUCGAUCGCGCCUGGAAGCCCUGUUUGCUGUGCUGACGUACGAGUCGCGCCGGCGGUCGGAGUUCUUCGUGUCGCGCGAUGCCGCCUACCUCCGGCAGCUAUGCACACAAUGCCGCUCCGUGCCGGGGGACAUCUUCCGCGGGACCCUCCUCGGGAUGCAGAACCUCUACCGACUCAUCCCGGUACUCAAGCAGCACUUUUCCACACCGGGCACGGCUGCUCCGGGUGGCACACUGCCGCGGCUGUUCGCCAUUUCCUUCGACAUCAGCGCCGCAUACGAUUCCUUCGACUCCGAUCGGAUCAUCCGCAUCAUCCGCGAUCAGGUCCUUCUGUCGGAGCGCUACUCGCUGAUGAAAAUCUACACGCUGUCCCCGGAGCGGUCGGGAACGACCCAGAGCAGGUCCCUCAACCGCAAGCGCACCUCCCUGGCAACGGGGCUUGACCGGCCCCCCAUCCUGGCGGAUGUGGUUCUCGGCCGGGCCUUCUCCGAGGCCCUCGGGUCCGUGUGCUUCCGGUGUACCAAUGCCCAAGGCGUCCGUGGGCGCCAGGCUCGCCUGUCGGCGGAUGCGGCCAGUCCGGAGCAACUGCUUCCCGUGCAGCAGGGCAUCCACACGGACAUAUCCUGGUCUUGGGUGGCCACCAAGGCCUCGCUGCUGCAGGACCUCGCCGACCAUGUCAAGCGCAAUGUCAUCAGGUUCGAUCGCAAGUACUACCUCCAACAGCGGGGCAUUUCCCAAGGGUCGACCAUCGGAACCCUGGUCUGUCGCGCAUACGUCGGCCAUGCUCUGCAGGCGGAAUUGGGCGACCUGCUGGGCAGCUCGGACUCCCAACUGCUGUGCUAUGUGGACGAUGUGAUGUUCAUCACCUCCGACCGCAACAAAGCCGAGGAGCUGUACCGCCGCCUGGCAGAUGGUGUUUUUGCCAAGUACAACCUCCAGAUCAGCGUGAGCAAGUCGCAGAUGUCCUUCAGUCCGAGCUUCGUGACACAGCCCGCCAUCCCCGUGUGCUCGCCAACCGCCUUCCUGUGGUGCGGGCUGAGCCUGGACUUGACGGAUUUGUCCGUCCGGGUGAGCUACCGCAAGCAGGCGGAUAAUGCCGCCAGCCACUACCUGACUUUGCCGCGCCGUUUGGCCGGCUCGACGCCGCCAUUGCGGUCAAUCUUCCUGAAUCUCUUCAAACGCUUCCUCCGCCCGCGCCUCAAGAUAGUGCCGAUGUUCACAACGCAGGCGGUCACGCAACAGCGCACCUGCCUGGCCACUGGGGCCUUUGCCAGCUCGCCGCUUCCCUCCUUCGGGCUGAUGCUCAACCUCUUUGAGAUGCUCUACCUGGGCUUCUACCGGUGUGCCGUGUCCCUUCUGGCCGAGUUGGCCCUGGUCCAGGGCUUCCACAUGCCCUCGGUGUCUUUGCUCUCCUGCCCGCCCCCGGCAGCACUUAUUUACGACGCGCUCCAUGUCUUUUCCUCGGAGAUCCUCGGCGAAAUCCCGGCCCACGAACCGUCCUCCCCUCUGACGGCCGAGCAGACCCUCGCACGCCGGGCCGGCCUCCACCGGACGUUGGUCAUCUGGUGCGCACGCCCCCCUUCUCCCGACCGCUAG